AACGAGGACCGUGAGCUGACCAUGACUCACUUCCCCGCCAAGUUCGCCGGCGUCACCAUCACUCUCCUCCGUCCGGAGGAGACCGACAAUCGGGCCACCACGCGCUACGACCACUUGGUGGAGAUCGAGGCCAAGAACUACCCGCUCGAGCUGUGGCACCCCCAAGGCGCCAACUUCGUGUUCGGCCACUUUGGGGUGCUCUGCUGCGUCGACAGCCGCUGCCUCAACUCCGGCGACUUCACGACGAUGCACGCCUUUCUCCGCGUUGAGAGUGACCAUGUCACCCCGGAUGGGUUCAUCCUUCGCCUUCCGCCAGCCCAAAUCGUCGACGUCAAGCUCCGUAUUGUCAAGACUUGGGCCGUCUUUGAGGACCUCACCAUCCCCCUCGACCAUGACGUGGACGGCAACGGCAGUGAAGCUCACGUCCACGGUGCCUGGCGGUGGAACUGCAGCCAUGUUGGGCCUUGCUCUGGCCCACAUGCUGCAGUUUCCAUGCAGCCACCAACACCAACUGCUGGGCCGUCCUCGCCUCCUCAAGCUCAAGCCACGCAAGCCCCUCGCAACUUUCUCCCACCUCUCAUCGGCGGUCCUCUGUUGCCACCGGCUGCGGCCCCUGCUGAUGCGCUCGUGCUGUCCGACAGCAGUGAGGGCACUGAGGGCGCCGCCCAGGACUCUGACCUCUCUGACACCUUCACGCCAUCGGUUGAUGUCUCCAACUCCUUCUCCGCGCUCGAUUUAGAUGGUGGUGAGACCUCGCUUCUCUCGGUCAAGGAUUCUACCUCGCUUGGGUCUGAAGCGCAUGAGGCCACGAUGCGUCGUAAACUGGCUGCUAACAAGAGGGCCACCGACGCCGCCAAGCUUCGCCGCAUCCAUCGCCUCGCUGACAAAGGGGAUGGUCAGUUCAUGGACAUGACCACGAAGGCCAUGCGUGUCAAGGCUCGUCGCUUCGACCUGCAGCACGCCUCUCACGACCUCGUCGAAGCCCUGGAUACCUCUGGACUCACUAGCGCUCCUGAGGACCCGGUGCUGGACUCCGAUGCCCUUGCUCUCAUUGCCAAGCUCUGUGGCGCUGAACCGGUGGAGGUUCAGGAGGUGUCCUCGCCGGCGCCGUGA